AUGACGUUAGCAAAUGUGAGUGAUGUUCAAGCUGAAAUCAAUGCUCUGAAAGCAUCUUGGAUUCUAUUUGACAAAGUCUAUUGCUUUUCAAUGAUUAUUCUUGGUACUAUUGGACAUCUCUUAAGCAUUUAUAUCUUUACACGACGUUCAAUUCGUAUGAAUCCUUGUGCACGCUAUUUUUUAGCGUCAACAUUCUGUGGUUGGUUUGUUGUCUGUUUUGGUAUACCUUAUCGGUUUCUUCAAAUUGUCUACGAUAUUAAUCCGAGUGGUUAUUCGAAACUAAUAUGCAAACUUUUUAAUUUUCUGUUUUUUACCUCAAGGGCAUUAACUUCAUGGAUUAUUGUGUUGGCUUGUGCUGAUAGGUUUGUGGCAAGUUCAACAUCUGCGAAGAUGCGUGCAUGGAGUAGUAUUCGUGUUACUUAUUAUGCAAUUUUUGUGACAACUAUCAUGGUCGGUUUGUUUUACAUUCAUGUGCCUAUCUUCUAUUACGUGAACCAAAACACUAAUACAUGUUUGGCGCCACCAGGUACAUACUCAACAUUUUAUGGUAUUUGGAAUUUAUUCGUAUUCAGCUUGGGUCCACCAUUCAGCAUGUUCAUAUUGGGAGCAUUGACGAUUCGUAAUUUUCGUCAAUCAAUAAAGCGAAUUGCUCCCAAUAAUAAUCCGGAUAAUGUAACUGGAAAUGGAAACCAAAUACAGCAACGUCGAAAAGCGAUAGAUCAACAAAUGAUUAGAAUGCUUCUUGUGCAAUGUUUAGUCUUUAUUCUUACAGGUGCUCCCGUUUCCAUUCAGUACAUUUAUGGAGCAGUGGCAAUAUUAUCGGAUCCUGUGGAAUCAACUAAAAACAACUUGGCUUGGAAUAUAAUCGGCUUCAUAUCGCUCACUGGUCCAUCUAGCAGUUUCUAUUUAUUUACAUUAUCAAGACUGUCGGGUGGCCAAUGGUCUUUAUCGAUAAACGCUGGAAAAUUGUCACGAUCACCAUCUUUUACUUUUCAACAUUUUUGCAAGGAAAUCAGUUUUCCGAUUAUGAAAACUGAAGAUUUACAGAAAGUGGUAACCUUAAAAUAUCAAAAUGGUGAUUAUCCGACAAAGGUCUUUCUUGAUUUAAAUGUAGUUAUUCGUUUAGCAACUAUUAAAAGAUGGUACAAAAUGAUUGAUGAAACGGGUUCUAUCAAUUUAUCAUUACCACCAGGUGCUCCACGUACAGCUCGGACUUCUGCUGCCAUCAAGAAGAUCAAAAAGAAGCUACAAAAAAAUUAUGUAUCAACUAGAACACUUGCAAUUGAUUUAGGUAUAUCCCACGAAAGUGUUCGUACAAUUCUUCGAGAGGAUCUUCGGUGUCGACCGUACAAACAUUUGAUCGAACCAGCACUUACCGAGGAACAUAAAGAAAAAAGAAAAAAGUUUGCUAACUGGAUACGAACAAACUUUCGAAAGGAGGAAACAUUGAAAAUUCUGUUUUCUGACGAAAAGAUGUUCGACAUUGAGGGUGUUUACAAUACCCAAAACGAUCGUAUUUGGGCCGCAACUCGUGAUGAAGCUAAUCAGAAAGGUGGUAUUCAUCAGAAAAAAAAAUUUCCUUUGAAAGUCAUAGUUUGGCUUGGUGUUUGUUCAAAAGGUGUAUCUCCAUUGGUGAUAUUUGAACAAGUGUUUUAUUUGAUUUCAUCCAAUAAAACACACUUAUCAUCUCAUCCACAUCCAUUCUCUUCAUCUCUCAUCACUUCCAGCCACCUCAGUGGAUUCAGCUUACGAUAUAGUCGGUAG